UGUCAAUAAUUGUCAAAAACAAAAAUAUAAAUAAAAAAAAAUUAAAAACAGUAGGUGUGUUACUUUGUCCAUGCAGUUUUGUAAGAAAACCUACUUAUUAUUGUUCCAUAUUUAAUAUACUCUUGAUUUUAUUGAAACAAAAAUAUCCAACCAUGAAGAAAAAGGUCCUCCUAAUGGGUAAAAGUGGCUCAGGCAAGACCAGUAUGAGAUCAAUAAUAUUUGCAAACUAUAUUGCUCGAGACACUAGAAGGCUUGGCGCAACAAUUGAUGUGGAACAUUCCCACGUAAGGUUCUUAGGGAACCUGGUUCUCAAUCUCUGGGACUGCGGUGGACAGGAAGCCUUUAUGGAGAACUAUUUCGCCUCCCAAAGGGACAACAUAUUCAGAAAUGUAGAAGUCCUUAUAUACGUAUUCGAUGUUGAAAGUAGGGAGCUUGAAAAAGACAUGCAUUAUUACCAAUCAUGCUUGGAAGCCAUUCUUCAAAACUCCAAAGAGGCCAAAAUAUUCUGCUUAAUACAUAAGAUGGAUUUGGUUUCAGAGGAUCAGAGGGAUAUCAUUUUUAAAGAAAGAGAAGCCGAUUUAAUAAGGCUUUCGAAACCUUUGGAUUGUACGUGUUUUAGAACAUCAAUUUGGGAUGAAACUUUGUAUAGAGCAUGGUCUAGUAUAGUUUACAUGUUAAUCCCCAAUGUUAAGCAACUGGAGACCAGUUUACAACAGUUUGCAGACAUUGUGGAUGCAGAUGAAGUGUUAUUGUUUGAACGGGCGACUUUUUUAGUCAUUUCACAUUGCCAAAGAAAAGAACACAGGGACGUACAUAGGUUUGAAAAAGUUUCAAAUAUUAUUAAGCAAUUUAAAUUGUCAUGUUCGAAACUGGCGGCACAGUUUCAAAGUAUGGAAGUGAGGAAUGCGCUGUUUGCUUCUUACAUUGAUAUGUUUACCAGUAAUACUUAUGUGAUGGUUUGUAUGUCAGAUCCGCAAAUCCCCUCUGAAGUUACCCUGAUUAAUAUUAGGAAUGCUAGGAAACAUUUUGAGCAACUUGAAAAGAAUUCUAAUGUCACUUUAACACGGUAGAUUUUUGUUUCCUUUAAGUGCUCUACUUUAUACCUGAUAAGUCAUAAAAAUAUAAAUUGUGUUUUGUAAAUACCCUGCAGUUUGUUCCCAGUAUCAUGGAUGUAUAAAUAAUUUUGUUAAAUAAUUGUUAAUGUCACAGAUAGAUAUUUUAAUAAAAUAAUAUAAUUUA